CAAUAAACAAUACAUUUUUUCAUGGUGAAUUAUGAAUUCUGCAUCAAGCUGCAAGCUCACAAUCGCCAGAAUCGGUGCCCUGAGAGAUUUGAAAAGGUUAUGGCCUGGAGCUAAGCGUGCACCAACUCCUCAAAAAUCAAAGAAAACAAGGAAAAUGUCGAUAUUCAUUGGAAAUCUGUUCAGAAAUAUUAAAAGAUCCUACGACCAAGUUUCAAAAGUGAGCAGUGUUGUUGAGAGUCAACUGGUGAAUAAUGUGAAUAAUGUGAAUAAUGUCAAACCUAUCAUCACCUCCCGAAAAUACUUGGAUGAGGAUUAUCUAUACAUACAGAAACGACAAGUUUGGAUCGAAAAUUUGGAUACAGUUGAGGAGAAAAAGUUAGGUCUAUCUGAAUUACAUCCAGCGAUUUUUGCAGAUAGACCACGGAUUGAUGUUUUGUAUCAAAAUAUCAGAUGGCAGAGGAUGUAUAAAUAUGUGAAUUUUGCACAUGGAAAAUCCAGAGCUGAAAUGCCAGGUGGUGGUCGCAAACCCUGGCCUCAAAAAGGUACAGGAAGAGCUAGACAAGGAAGUAUUAGAGCUCCCCACUGGAUCAAUGGAGGUCAGGCUCAUGGUCCACGAUCUCCAACCACUCACUUCUACAUGCUACCAUUUUAUGUCAGAAUUGCUGGUCUGACAAGUGCCCUGUCUAUAAAACUCGCUCAGGACGAUCUUCAUUUGGUCAAUGACUUGGAAAUUCCCACUAAUUCUCCAGAGUUUAUCGAAUCGCUUAUGGAGGAGAGAAACUGGGGACCUUCUUUACUUUUCGUUGAUGUGGAGGAUGUGAUGCCUGAGAAUAUUACAUUGGCUACCGACGAUUUGAAACACGUUAAUUUGAUGCCAGUCUAUGGUUUAAACGUCUACAGUAUGUUGAAACAUGACACUCUCGUCUUAACAGAGCGUGCAGCUCGUCAAAUAGAGGCUAAAUUACUGCACCACUUGCAUAGACCUGACAACAUUAAAUUCACCCGAGCAUUCAAAGCAGAUCAAGCCUAAGAGACAUCAUUCAAUGUAAAAAAUUAUAUCUAUAAUUAAAUGUAAAAAAUAAAAAAUAAAUGUACUAUCUAAUCAU